AUGGCGGAUAAUAUAUGGCGCCAUUCAUGCGCCAGAUUGGAAGAUGAGCUACGAGGGCACGGAAUGCUGAGCGAUGAUGUGAACGACCUCGAGUCCUUUCAAGCAUGCAUGGAAAGGGCCUGUAAAGAAUACGCUCGCUCACAAAGAACCCAUUUUAUUCGCGACAAGAUUACCCCCCAUCUACAACAUGUCCAGUCGUUCGAGAAAGCCAUCACAAUAUCAUCUCAGCUGUCUACUCCUUCUACCAUCAUCUGGUCAAUAACAUGGGUAGUUAUCGAGUCUGCUUCACGAUUCGCAACUCAUCUCAGCAAGAUUCUAGAUGCUUUGGAGAGAUUUUACCGAGCGUUACCCCGAUUCGAUCAGUACCUCGAACUCUUUCCAAAUAGCAAGAGGCUGCAAAUCCCCCUGUCAGACCUCUUCGUUGAUUAUGGAUAUCUUUGUAUACAUGCGCUCAAGUGGACCAAGAGAAAUCCUAUUGUUCACAUGAUCAAGGGAGUGGUAUCGUCAAGACCCUCCAAUAACCUCGAUGAAAUAAUGCGAAGGAUGGAACGUCAUAUCGAGGACUUCAAGGAAAAUGUAGAACUUACCUUCCGCCAGUACCAGAUGGGACACCACGUCUCCAAUCGGAGCGGUCAUAGCAACAGCUUUAACAAGAAGUCACACUACUUGAUCAUGGAGCGGAGAGAUCCGGGGUUCAAAGGAAGAAAAGACGUUCUCAAGGAGAUCCAUGCUUCUUUCGGUUCUCCAAAAGCAUCACCCUCCGCUGAAGCUAAAUCCUAUCUACUUUAUGGGUUGAGUGGCAUCGGAAAAACCUCGACUGCACUGGAAUACACCUACAUAUACCAGAAGUCAUAUGAUUUCAUCUUUUGGAUCUUUGCUGAGACAAAGUCCGACCUGGUUGGAUCUUUUACACGAGUGAUUACGAGGCUUCGGUCACUAAAUGAGGUCACUGGUUCAGGGACUUCUGAUGCUGCGGAUGAGUCCGGUGCCAAUGAUGCUAGAGAUUGGUUUGAAAGUACAGAGCAUAAAUGGCUGUUAGUUUUUGACAACGUCGAAGAGUGGGAAAGUUUAUCCCAAUACUGGCCCACUAGCGCAGUUGCAAACUCUGCGAUCUUGGUCACUGCUCAGAAACAACAAUUUAAGCGUUGGACAGGGUUCAACAGACAAUUGGACGACCUUUCCAUGGCUGAGUCAACUGAGAUCUUGCUUGCUGAAAUUGAUGCUCGUGGCUAUCCACAUGAGCGAGAGGCCGAAGCUGCGCAGAAAAUUGUGGAGACAUUUGGUGGUCUCCCGCUAGCGAUUGCUCAUAUUGCGGGCUACGUUAGUGAUGCGCAAUGCUCCCUGCAUAGCUUCGUCGAGCUUACACAGCAACGCUAUGCGACAAUUUGGGACUACAAUGUGCCGGUGUCAACAAAUAAGAAUAAUAAGAGGCUCAACGCUCUUUGGGAUUUUGCUUUAGACGAACUUCCACCCGAUGCGAGGAAGCUUUUAUACACCAUGUCCUUCUUGAGCCCGGACGCCAUUCCCGAGUCCAUGUUCCUUCCUAAUGAAAGUCAAGACUCUCCAGCAUAUAUGGUAAAGAAGGCUGAAUUCAUUGAAAUGAUCCGUUUCCUUGUAAGAAGAGCCCUGAUUCGACCAGUGGCAGAGAUACAGGGAUUCAACACCUACGACCUAAGGUCCCAGAUAUUCAGUGAAGCAUACUCCGUUGUUCGGGAUAUCACCCCAUCUGCAUCCCCGAUUCAGGUGCCAAACCCAAGUUUAUGGCUCAAGUUUGAGAGAGCAGUGCCACAGAUCUUGGCUUUGCGAGUCGCAUUUAAACAGUCUCAGCCAUCAAUGCAAGGUUCUAUUGAGUUUGCCCGUCUGUUAUACGAUGCAGCUUUCAACACUUGGGAGAGAGAGUCCAGUCAAGACGGACUCACGCUUUUGGCCACGGCCAUGGAUGUUCUCAAUGAUAUUGGCUACGAUGAAAAUGGGAAGUUACGUGCCGAUAUACUGGUCAUGCAAGGUGUCAUUUGCGACAAUAUUGGCAUCAGCCGACGACAGGAAGCACUCAAAGUUCGAAAAAUUGUCACACACAUUCGUCAGAUGGUUAUCAGAAAUAGUCCAGGGCCGGUCAACGAGACUGACGACAUCUUAUUGCACAAUGCACUGAACGAUACCGCCGAGUCUCUCCUGCAGUAUUACAAUUUCAGGGAGGCUGACCGUCUCAUCGAACAAUGUCUCGAGAGAUACAAGACUUGGGGCAGCGAGGAAAAGUAUCCAUUUGACGCCGAUUUGACGAGGCGAUAA